UCUAUCUUUCCUUCCUUCAAGGAUGAGAAAUGCGCGAAGGAACCCCUAAUUUGCCAAAUUAGCAAUUGAAAGAUUAAUUUGAUUGGGUUUGUUGUUCAUCACUUCAUCUCAAGUCUCCACUCUCCAGCUUAGGGGGUAUAAUUUUUUCUCUUUCACUCUGUAAGAAAUUAGAAGCAGCAAGAAUGUCAAGCCUCCCGGAAGAUCUCUACCCAGACAUCUUUUCAAGGUUACCAGUGAAAUCAUUGCUUUUAUGCAAGUGUGUUUGCAAGAAUUGGUAUGCCCUAAUCUGUACCUCUGAUUUUGUGAAAUUUCACCUUAAUCUUACUACCCAGAAAAACAACCCUAUUUUCAUGCUAAAAGGUCUUGACAGUGAUUUCUUGUACUCCAUUGAUUAUGAUUUAUUAGCAUCAUCAGUGUCUGAAAUUGAAGCUGAUGCUAUUGAAAUGGAUCACCCAUUCAAAUCUUUAAAUUAUGGUGUUGAUUUCUUGUACUCCAUUGUUUGGAUAUGGUUGUCUGAGAAUGAUGAUGAUGAUAGGGAUCAUUUUUGUUUCUGGAACCCAGCCACAAGAGAGUAUAAAGAAAUACCCAGCCACAAGAGAGUAUAUAUGUUGGAAUCAAAUUCAUGGAAAGACGAGCAAACCAUACCUUAUCAGUUUCUUUUAGUGCAAAACUCUGGGGUGCUUGUUAAUGGACACCUCCAUUGGUUAGUGUCAGGUGAAGAUGAUUUUUUACCUUAUUACAAUUUUUUACUAAUCUCUUUGGAUAUCAGUGAUGAUAGUUUCAAGGAAAUGCAAUUACCUAAAGAAUUUUUGGAGGAGAGUACGGGUAUAAUUCUGGGAGAGUUGGAAGGGUGCCUUUGCGCACUUGUCAGUUCAGAUGGUUAUGGUGCUCUGGUUCAUUUUGAAGUAUGGAAGAUGCUGGAUCAUGGAAUUCGAGAAUCUAUGAGUGAGCGUUAUGUCAUUGUCCAUGAUAGUUUUGUGAGUACCCCGUUUUAUUUUAAGCUUGUGUGGUCUUUUAACAAUGGCGAGAUUCUAUUUUUGAGUUGGGAUAAGCUAGUUUUGUAUGAACCAAAUAAAGGUAGUGCCCAACUAAAAACCUGUAGUAGUCCACUGUUGAAAGCCGAGUAUUAUUUUGAAAGCUUAGUUUCUUUGAACUCCGGUUCUUAUGUGGGAGCGGAAAACCACUGAAAAAUCAGAGGAAACCUGAAAAAGAAGCUUCGGAGAAAAAUCGUUGAAAUGGUUAAUUUAGUUCUUGCUAUUGGAUUGAAGAUUGGGAUUAUAAAGUUACAAUGCUGCAUUUCUGAAAUCAUAAGGUGGAAUCACAUGCCGAAAUUCAUCAAAACCUGAGGAAACUCUACCCUAAAAUGCACUUGCUCGGUACAGUGUUCUAUAGAAAGAAUUAAGAUUGCGAAAAGAGAGGGUGCACUAUUGCCGGAAUUAAGUGUGGUUAGUUUCAUGUGGUGAAUGGUUUUCCUAUCAGCUGUAUCUACCAAUACUUUGCAUAUGGACAUACCCUUAUAAGUUAACUCUCAAGAAAUGUCCUUCCUACUGAACAAGAUAUCUUGGACUCUCAAAACUCUAACUGGUCUUCUCCUCCUAUGCAUGCCCAAGGGUUUUGCAUGUGCUGCUAUUUGCAAGGCGCUCCGUCUACGAUGUGGUCGGGCCACAUACAAUGAGUACGUGGCCCAUCUUUAUUUCUUGACACCUGUAUAACCUAAAAACCUCCCCCCUCUAAAUCCCCGUAAAGCAUUCACUUUUUGAGAAAAAGUAGGAAGUUAAUUUCUUUUUUAGUUAAACAGUUGUGUAAGGGAUUGCAGUUCUACCUUUCAAGGUUGUCAGAUAAGAGAACUGGAUUUUUGCACCCCCAUUGAAGCUGAAGCGUAAUGGUGCUCUUAUUGGAAUUGAUCUAGCCCUCGGCAGAGGAUUCAAGCAUAUUAUCCUGGAAGGUGAUUCUAUUACUAUGAUUAACAUUCUAAAGUUCACAAAGACAUUGUAUCCUUGGCGCAUAAAAGACACACCAUCUCCAGGAUCAUGGUACAUUUGAUUUUCUUUAGCUCAACUGAAUUUA